AUGGCUUUGAUGGAUACUAUGAUUAUAUUUAAAUAUCUUAGUUAUUUUGAUGUGGAUAUCUUUUGUAUCAGAAGACAAAGAUAUCAAUAUAUCAAAGAAGACAGACCUCUUACAAAAGAUUUUCUCUAA